AUGGGCUCUAUCACACCCUCAACCCCAGAGUGGGAUCCACGAACCGUGCUGUCCACCCUCCCCAACCCACCCCCCGAAAACACAUCAACCCCCAUCCCCUUCUUCCACCUCCUCUCGCGCCUCAAAACCACCAAACGCGAAGGCUGGCAACAAGUACACCUCUCCCACCAUGGCGAAUCCAUCGCAGACCACAUGUACCGCAUGUCCAUCAUGACCAUGUUCUGCCCACCUUCACUAGCCACCCGCAUCUCCAUCCCGCGCUGUAUCGAGAUGGCGCUCGUCCACGACAUGGCAGAAUGUCUCGUCGGCGACAUAACCCCACUCAACACAGACAUCACCAAGACGGAAAAGGCAAGGCGCGAAGAGGCGACGAUGCAAUAUAUCACGGGGCCUUUGUUGGGGAGUAUACCCGGCGGUGGAGGACCAAGGGGGGCAGAAAGGAUGAUGGAACUGUUUCGCGAGUAUGAGGAUAAUAACACGCUGGAGGCGCGGUUUGUGCAUGAUGUCGAUAAGCUGGAGAUGGUGCUGCAGACGAUUGAGUAUGAGCGGGAGUUGGGCAGGGAUUUGGAUGAGUUUUAUCAUGUCUUGGGGAGGAUUACGUUGCCGGAGAUGAGGGAGUGGGCGGAGGUUUUGAUACAGGAGAGGAGGGAUAUUGCUGAGCAGAGGGAUACGUAUGUUAACGGGGUCAACGAGCUCAAAGGAGUCAACGGAGUCAAUGGCCACGCAGCGCAGGUGAAUGGUGUCAAAACAGUCAACGGGGUCAACGGAGUCAAUGGGAUGAACGGGGUGAACGGGGUCAGCGGGCAUGAGAACGGCGUCAAUGGAGUAUAA